AUGGCGUCUAGUCAGCUGAGGUCCCUCCAGGGUACCACCAACGGCAAGCAGUACCCAAAAGUGCCCGACAUGCCCCUAGCCAAAAUCAAGAGCGUCGAGUAUUUCCGCGUCAAGCCCCGGUGGCUAUUUGUCAAGAUCUGCGACGACCAGGGGCUUUGUGGGUGGGGGGAGGCCACGCUUGAGGGCCAUACCCGGGCCGUCGAGGGGGCGCUGGACGAGAUUGUCGAGCGGAUUGUCGGGUAUGAGGCAGAUGACAUCGAACACAUCUGGCAGACGGUGUGGCGGCUGGGGUUUUACCGGGGAGGCCCCGUUUUCAUGUCUGCGCUAUCCGGCAUCGAUAUUGCUCUGUGGGAUCUGAAAGGACGGAGACUGAACGUCCCGGUCUACCAGCUCCUGGGCGGCAAGGUGCGCAACAAGGUCCAAGUGUACGCGUGGAUCGGCGGCGACAGCUUCCAGGACAUUGAGGGUGCGGCCAAAGCCCGCAUCGCCCAGGGUUUGAGGUGUAUCAAGAUGAACGCCACGGGUCCCGUCGACUGGCUUGAUUCACCUGCGGUGCUGGACGCGACGAUCGAACGGCUCAAGAUCGUCAAGAACCUGGGCCUCGACGCUGGGCUGGACUUCCACGGCCGCCUGCACAAGCCCAUGGCCAAGCAGCUGGCAAAAGCACUCGAGCCGUACCGCCCCUUGUUCAUCGAGGAGCCGCUGCUGGUCGAGAAUCCCGAGGCGUUGAAGCAGCUGUCCGACAGCACGACGAUCCCGAUCGCGUUCGGCGAGCGGCUGUACACGCGGUGGGACGUCAAGCGGUUUCUGGCCGACGCGACCGUCGACAUCCUCCAACCGGACCUUGCGCACGCGGGCGGCAUCUCCGAGGUGCGCCGCAUCGCGUCCAUGGCCGAGGCCUACGACGUGGCCAUUGCGCCGCACUGCCCUCUGGGUCCCCUCGCCUUGGCCGCCAGCAUGCAGGUCGCGCUUGCCACGCCCAACUUUGUCAUCCAGGAGAUGUCCUUGGGGAUGCACUACAACGUCGAGGCCGGCGAGGAGGACCUCAACACUUACCUGGUCGACCCGUCCGUCUUUGCCAUCAAGGACGGAUACGUGGAUGCCCUGAAGGGCCCGGGCCUGGGCGUCGAGAUUGACGAGGCGGUCGUGCGCAGGAUUGCUCAGGAGACGGGACAUUGGCAGUGUAAGGAGUUUUAUGGGCCGGAUGGCUCGAUAAGGGAGUGGUGA